UAUAACAAAUAUGGCAGACUUUGAUAAUGUAUUGCGAAUUGAAAAUUUAAUUUCUUUUCUUGGUUUCAAUAAAAGUGCAACAAUUGCGUAGAGUUAUCAAAAUGGUUAAAUAUAAUUCACGUUGCCAGUGUUAAAUAGUUUUAUCUAAAAAAUGAAUAACCUAUAAUGGUUUCGUGUAGGAAGGUUAAAUAGAUAGAAAAAAAGUAUAAAACUAUUUUAUAAAAAUGGCUGCGUUAAACAAUAUAUUAAAAUCUAUAGAAGCAUUGAAGAUAUUACAGGAAACCAUAGUUUCAUCUGAUCCUGCAAUAAGAAAAGAAAAGAUAUCACAUUGUAUAGUUAUUACUGAAGGAUUAUGUUCGCCAAAUACAAAAUUAAUUUCUAAAUAUCCACAAAUUUUUGGUUGUUCAAUUAAAACAUUAUUAGCAUUAUGUGACGACCCAGAAGUUGAUGUAAGAAUGAUCGCUGAUGAAUCUCUAAAUAAAAUCAUAAGGGCAAUGGCAGACAGUGAUAUUGUUAAAAUUCAAAUAGAAUUAUAUAAUGGAAUAAAGAGCAAUGGACCGGCUCGAACAUUGAGAGCUGCUCUUUGGAGAUUUAGUUUACUUAGUCACAUGAUUCGUCCUACAAGAGGAAAAGCAUAUGUGUCAAACUUAAUACCAUGUAUUACUGUCAUAGCACAUAGGCCAGAGGAAUCAGUAAUUGAUACACUUGCACAAGCAUUGAAAUUAAUUCUAAGAACAUUAGGGUCAUUUAUGACGGAUAAUGAUGUUAAGACAUUACUUAAGGCAUUCUUUCAAAAUAUCUCAUCAACUCAAGCAGCAUUUCGUAGAGCUGCAGCAAAUAUGAUUUUAACAACCUGUUUAAAUUGUAGGAAACCUCAGGUUUUUUUAUGUUAUGUAUUAAAUUAUUUAUUAGAUGCUAUAAUACCAGUGAAUGAUGACAUAGAUCACUUAAAUACAGUCAUCGGUGUUUUUGGAUGUUUGAAAGUGAUUUUACCAUAUAUAAAUACGCCAGCAGAAUGUGAAGCUAGUGACAAACAACAACUGGAAAAUUUUUUACAAAUUUAUGAGUUAUGUUUGUAUUAUACUAAGUGGCAUUCAAAUCAUAAUUUAAUAAAUGCAGCUUUAGAAACAUUGGCUCAACUUUUGCAAUGUUCGUCAAGUGCAUUCAAAUAUGUAUUGUUAUCUAAAGAAGGUAUUACUCACAGUAGAAUAGAGUUAAAUCAAGAAGCGGCCAGAAUAUCGUUGGGUCAAAUAAGUACUUCAACAGCUACGAGUAUUUCGGGAGGCAAUUGUGAUUCCACAUUGAAUUUGCUUGAACCAGAAAUGCCGCAACUAAAUUCAAAAAUAGGAAAUUGGAUUAUAGAUUCUGAAACAGUACUUCCACUUAUGCACAAAUCAGAAAUACGGGAAAUAUGUGCAAGCGAAAUAACAGAAAUUAAAGGAAAGACAAUGGAAAAUUACAGUGAAUUAAAAAUAGAAACUUUAGAGGGAGGUGGUGUUGAGGAAGGAAGUGAUGCUGGAAGUGAAAUAGAACACAUAGAAGAAAUUCACUACUCAAGUUUGCAAAGUGAUCAUCACAUGAAAGAAGAAGAGUAUUUAGAGGAAGCUUCAAUAUCUGUAGCUUCUCCACAAAAGUUGCCAAUGGAAUUGCCAUCACUUGAAAUUAAUAUUGGAAAUUAUACAGACUCUGAUAUGCCUGUAAAAUUUUGUUGUCGUUAUUUAGUUUCAUCAUUCUUGCUAACAGGCAGUGCUGGUCACUUGAUGCCUGAUAAAUUAUUUCGUGUCAGUGUUAAAUGUCUUGCUUUAACAUGUGUAGCCAAUAUUUUAAGACUUUAUCCAGAUCUACUUUUAAUGACAGUUGCCAAAGAUUCUACUUCAGAUAAACAAAUGAUGAAAGAUAUUUUAUUAUUUGCAAAUCAUUCUGAUCCUCAAAUCAGAGCCAAUGUAUCGACUCUUAUUGGAUCAUUUUUGAAAACAGUUUUCACACAGUAUGGUGGAUCUUUCAAAAAUUUCCAACCUGAAUGUUUAAAUAGUAAAACAAAUGAAAAUUCAUUGCUGGAAAAUAUGAUAAAAUUACUUAUAAAAGGCUUGGAAGAUGAUUCUGCUACAACAUGUCGUCAAACAUUAACAGCACUAAAUUUAUGUUUACCAGAAAUACUAAAUUCUGUAGAUAGUCAAUAUGGUAUAACCAUCUUAUUUGAAUUACCCAGACUUAUUAAAAAUCCAUAUUUUCUUGUUAAAGUUAAAUUAGCAGAUUUGCUAAGCAAUUUAUCAUACAUCACAAUAGAACACAUAACAGGUGAUGCAUUAUUUCAACAACAUUUUAUUGAUGCUAUAAUCAUUUUAUUAGGAGAUCAGGAUAAGAGAGUUAGACAUGCAGCAUCUGAAGCAAUUGUUAAAAGCAUUCCAUUAUUAUAUUUUCAACAUCCACAGGAAAAUGCUGUUAUAAAAAAAGCAGCUCAAUAUACAGAAAAGUAUUUGUCAACUGUAAUGUCAAGUACUUUAAAGAUUUCUUCAUAUUAUGAUAAACAUAGAGUAACUAUAAAUAAUACUGUCAAACCUUUUACAUCAUUAACUGAUCAUAAUGAUAAAAAAUAUCACGUAAAUACAGAAGAUUCAUUAUCUCGUAUUGUAAGCAUCUUAACUGAAAUACUCAUGGUUGAUUCAUCUAAGUAUAUGGUAUAUGGUUGUUGCGAAGCUCUUGCUCUAUUAAGUGAAGUUUAUAACACUGUAGUUUAUGUCAGAGGUUGGGAUUGUAUACUUCCCAAAGCACUACUUAAAAAAUCCCAUAAAAAGGCUGUUAGUCGAAUAGACACAACAAAUGAAAGCAAUUUUGUAAUUGAAAUAACAACUCCAAUUGGUACUGGUCUGCUUUCUUUGCUGCUGCCUUUGUUGUCUUCAUCUGCAAUAAGUUUGGAUUUAUCAACACAUAAACAUUUAAUCUCUCUUGCGGGUAAUCUUGCAUCAGGAUUGGCUCUUUGUAAUCUAAAACCUAAUGAACCAACAAGCAAACAUGAUUCUGAUACAUCAAAUAUUUGGAGUAUGUUAAAAGAUAAACAAAUGUGUCAGUAUAUGGAACUAUUAUUGACUCAUGUUAUAAGGGUUUUAAAUAUUUUUGUCCAUGUUAUUGAUGAUAUACAAUUAAAUCAAAUAAGUACAAAAUCAUUGUCCUCUCUGCCAUCUGCGCACAGUUUAUCUCCAAAGAAAAAAGUAGUUACCGAACAGAAACAAAAAGAAAAAGGAGAUAAGUUUUUAAGUUUAAAAUUUGGAAAAGAACAAAUGGGAGUAUUCAAUACUAUUCCGCAUUAUAUGAAAAUGUAUGAUAAUCUCAAAGCAGCGCACUCUAAUUAUCUUGUUACUCUUGAUCCUGAGGCUAGCGAGAUGUAUAUUGCAUUAUUAACUGCUAUACUGGAUACUCUUUCACAAAUUCUUGAGAUAGCCACUUUUAAUGAGGCAGGCAGGAUAGCAGAGGAAAUUUUAUAUUACUUGCAAACAACUGUUACUUUAUCGCCAACUGCAACUAUUCAGUGUGUGCAGCAAUUGUUGAAAUGUCUGUUUGGUAAAAAUCUUGGUUCUCAAUGGAGCGAACUGGAUAUGCAACAAUAUGCAGAACAGAAUAUUGCAUUAAGAGAUACUUCUAAAGGCUUUUAUAAUCAAUGUUUUCAGAAUCCAGCUAGACAUAUGGCAGACAUGAUAAAAUUAAUAGGAAAUAAUUGCAGAGAUGAAAAUAAACCAGACACUGGAUGGAUAGGUUUAACACGUAGAAAAGGAGAUCGAAAAUUAUCAUACAUAUAUUCUUCAGAUCAUAAAGCUUCUGUAGCUACUUUUAUUCGUUUAUUUGAACCAAUGGUUAUAAAGUCUAUGGAACAAUAUACUAUCACGAGCAAUAUUUCACUGCAAUGUCAAGUGCUUAUGCUUCUAAGCCAACUAAUUCAAUUGAAAGUUAAUUAUUGUUUAUUAGAUUCAGACAAGAUAUUUAUAGGAUUUGUAUUAAAACAGUUUGAAUUCAUAGAGGAAGGUCAAAUACAGCAAGCAGAAGACCUGUUACCAAAAAUUUUCAGUUUUUUGGUGCAUUUAUCUUAUGAAAAAAAUCACUCAAAGGUUGUAAUAGGUAUUCCUAAAAUAAUACAGUUAUGUGAUGGACUUAUGGCAAGUGGACAGCCAGCACUUAGAUAUUGUAUACCAGCACUUGCACCUGUAGUUGGAGAUAUUUUUCUUAUUCGCAAUGGAAAUUCUAAUCAAGCAGAACAAAGAGAAUUGGAAACAACAAAAGAAGUAUUAAUUUCAAUGCUACUUCGUCUUGUGGAAUAUCAUGAAGUUAUAGAACUUUUAGCAUUAUGUGUCUCAGAAUCUAGAUUUAGUGGAGAUGGAAAUGGAGAAGAAAAGUGGAGAAGAUGGUCUAGAAUGACUACAGAUACUAUACUUCCAAUGUUAGGAACGUGUAAAGUAAGACUAGAAUGGGAAAAUGCUCAUAUUGCCUUAGUAAAAUUGUUUGCUGCAAUUUCUCCUACUGUUUUCAGGCCAGUAGAUCCACUUUUAAAAGUACUUUUUACAGCUCCUGCGUCUUUGAAAGAACCAGUUUUUAAUUUAAAACGCUGGUUGGGAAUGAUAAAUGUUAUAUUAUUAACUCUUAUUUCUUGUGCUAAAGAGGAGUCGAUGUUAGCACGAUUAUCAGAUCUUAGCGUGUAUAUGACAGAUCUUUCACAUUUAUUAUUAUUUCCAGAUAAUUUGUCUAAAGUUAUAGAUCCAUUAAAUGCACUUGGAACUCAAUCUGCACAAAUACCACCUGAAAAAAUUUUAGCCAGAUUCAUAUUUAAAGUGAUUAGUCUGAUAGGCACAAAAAUUGUUAACAUUCUUGGAUUAAUUAAUCAUAGAGCUAUAGAUCCCUAUACAGGAUUUGCUCAGCAUACAGAUAAUGAUGAUUAUUUGGUGCAUCAAUUUGCAUUCUUCUUACAAUUAUGUAUUCACAUGUUCGAGUCUGGAAGUCAUUGUAAAGUGGCAAAUGCAGCAAUGCAAAUGGUUCAAGAUCGCAAUACGUUUGAAGAGGAAAAGUUUCCUAUAGACAAUUUAAAUUCUUUAAUGCUAAGCAUUGGACAUGUAUGCCCAAUGUUGACAUGUCAAUGGGCUUACCUAAUGACAUUAUUAAGCUAUAAUGAGAUGCUAUUUUGGUCUAAAAUUUUGGGCACACGAAAUUCGAAUUACAUAGUAAGAUCUCUUCCAAAUGAGAAAAAAGUAUACGACUAUGUAAACAGCAUAAAUGUACAAAUUAUUCAUAAAGGUGGAAUCAUAUUAUUUUGUGAUUAUGUAUGCGAAAAUCUCAAUGAUGCAGAGCCUUUAACAUGGUUAUUAGUGAAUCAUAUUGAAGAAGCAAUACACACAGCUACUGAAUCUCCAGUCAAAGAACUUCUAGCAGCAGCUAUACAUAGAAAUCCUGCAGCAAGUGGUCUCCUAGUACAAGCUAUUUCAACAAAAUGUGUGAAUUUAUCACAACCUAGCUUCAUCAAACGUUUAUUGCAGUGUAUCGAAGAUGCACAUCAAUCUCAAAGUGGUGCAGUCAUAAUGAUGUUAAUUCCAAAAUUUUUGUCUACUAAAUAUCUUGCUCUAUCAAGAAUGGCAGCAAAAAUGGCUAGCAGAAGAGUUGAAAUUUUAUUAACAUUAAGUGCAGCAGAUGUUAUGGAACAAUUGCCAAAGAAUGAUCUAGUAAAGAUUAUGGAUACAUUACAGACUACUAAGCUAGCUAAAAAACAUGGAGCUCUAGUUAACUUAUUGAACAAAUUAGGAGUACACUUUUAUGAUCUCUCACCUUUCGAGCCUGAUUUAUGUAGAUCUUUCAAUCCAUCAAUUGUAAAAACAAUUCAACUAGAUCGUGAUUGGUUUCUUUCUCAGAUUAAAUUACGUUGCUGUCAUCAGAAUACAACGUAUAAUACUCACGAAUCUGCACAACUAUUGAGUAAUUUAAAUUUUGAAGACUGUUUGAGUAUUAUUUCUUCUAAGGAGUUUGAUAUAAUAAUUUUAAAAGACUGCAUAACAUUGGGCGUAAGAUUGACUAUUGAGAAUUGCCAAAAGUUAGAGUUAAGAAAAAUUCACAAUAAAAAAAUUCAUAAUUUUGAAGCCAGUCCUCUGUAUACAGCUGCUAAACAGUGUUUAUUAGAGCAUGUACGUAAUGUAACUGAACUUAUGCCAAAACCACAUUAUGUAUUUAAUCCGCAAAAAUCUAAUAUCAAUAGUAAAGAAGUGAAAUAUGCUACAAGGAUUUCCAAACUUUUAGACGAUUCCAUUUACUGGAAUACACUUUUUAAAAUCAUUCCAGUUGUAAAGGUAUUUACAAAAACAUUGUCGAAACUAACUAAAUAUAAUUUGGCAAAUAUGGAUGGAAAAGUUGAAGAAGAUUGUGCUAAACUUGCUUUAUUGUGUUUUGAAUUAACACAUUGGAUGAUACAUGUAGAUAAACAAAAUAUUAGAAAGCUACGACCAAGUGAAGUAGAAUUAACGUUGAGUUGUGCUGGAGAAAUUUUGAAAUAUGAAGGCCCAUUUAAGGUUUUUGCAGAUCACACUCGAUAUUCGUGGGUAUGUUCAACGAUAUUGGCUAUGACAAAAAUUGUUGAAAGUAACUUAACAGCAGUUGAAUCAUUACCUCAUGUUGAUACGUGUUCUUUACAAGCAGCUUUUCAAGACGAAGAAACGAAGCAUUAUGCACAGGCAUGUGUGCGAAUAGCAUCAUUGGUUGUUUGGCUUGAAAAAUGUCAAGUGAAUAAUAGUUCUAAAAACAUUCCUCCCUAUUUAUUUAACAUAAUAAAAGACCUUAUUGUACUUAUUAGUCGUCAACCUUUGGUAAAUUCUUUUGUUCUUACGCCUCCUUUGGUUUGGAAACAUGGUUGGCAUAUAAUGGGCUCUGGUACGACCAAAUGUCACUUUCCAUUGUUAUCGACUGAAUUAAAUCUUCUUCAAGAAGUCGAUAUUUUAGAACAGUUCAUUUAUAGAAUAAAUUUGUUGGGUUGGACUUCACGUCUACAAUUUGAAGAAAUAUGGAUGGCAUUAUUGGGAUUGUUAAAUCUUUCACAAAAUGAAAACACUUCUUCGGAAGAAUCAACAGCAUUAGUACAAGCAAGCUGUUUAGCUAUUCAAGCUAUAACACAAUUAUUGUUACAAACAAUGUUUCUACCACAUCCUGGUAAUCCAAGUACUAGUUGUUUGAUACAUCAUUCACGAGAUCCUCAACUUUCGGUUGUGAAAAUAAGCUCACAAGAAUUAUAUACUAUACAAGAUUUACUUACAUGGAAAUAUGAAUGUAUGAGUGAUAUUCAAAAUAUAAAUGGUUUAAAAUUAGAUCAUAUAUUUCAUAGAGGAAACAUAGAAAAAAUUACAACUUCAAAUAACUUUACAUACAGCCAAUUAUCAGUUUCCUAUUUAUGGUCAUCGUGUAAUUUAUAUGAAGAUAAAUUAAAUGCCUCUGUACUUGAACUAAAAAACAGAAGGAAUGAUGCAUUAAAGUCUGCAUCAUUAGAUGUAGAUUCGUGUCUUCGCUUUUUAGUGGAACUUUAUACUUCUUGGUUGUCUCCACAAGCGAAUAUUCCGAUACAAUUACUUACAGAAACUAUGAAAUCUCUCCUAGCUAUUUCUGAUCUCUUUGUAGAAAGAGCACAAUAUCAAUGGAUGCUAGAUGUUUGCUUAGAAAUAUCAAGAGUACAUUCUAUAGAAAAUGGAAUCUUACAUCAGUAUUUGGUAAUAUCUGUAUGUAAGGCUGCUGCAGUAUUAACACCACUGGAUUUGGAUACAUUGGAUAGGGUAAAGCGUUUGGUUGAUAUCAACCUUAAAUCAGUUUUCUUGGCUGCUAGAGUAGCAGCACUUCAUGGUGUCUUAUAUUUAUUACAAAGUGCAGUUCAAGCUAAUUACGAAGAGAUUAUGAACAUCUUACACCCAUUGACUAUUGAAUAUAUACAAAAACACAUAGAUACUCAAGAUACAGAUGGGGUAUUAAGUCAAAGUGAAGAACAUCAAGGAGUUAUGUGGGCUUUAGUAUUUUUCUUAUUAGAACAUGCAGGGGAUACAACACCCGAUACAGAAGCUCCUGCUGUGCUUGAACUAGUUCUUUCUCUAGUCAUGUCACCGAAUAUUUCGAUUAGUUUACAUCAAACUCUUUUACAGGGUCUCGAAAGAUUAAUUAUAACAAAAAGUGUAAUAGGUAAAGUAGCAGAACAAAUUGUUAAAAUAGCAACAGAGCGUUUAAGGCAUGCAAGUCUGAUGUUUGCUUUGCCUGCUUUGCAACUUCUAUUAACUUGCAUGUAUACCGAAGCAGCAGACAGAUUAAAUCAACCGAAUGUUGAAGAACCAUUGCCGGAUAUUGAACCAGAAUCAUUGGUUCGAUCAAUAGAACGAACGUCUGCCAUAUUUGACAGAAUUAAGAGAGGCUAUCCAAUGGAAGUAGAGAUUCUUUGUUCAGUUUUAUCUGGUGUUUUAGCAGAUUUCUUUCCACUAUCACAAAUUUUAACAAAAGUUAUCGGUGAAUUUUUAUCACCUCAACAACCACAUCCUCGAUUGCUUUCUGGCGUUGUGUUUAAAGUUUGUGAAAGAGCAUGUACGUCUACACAACUGAGUUUACUACAAGAUUGGGUGGUCUUCAGUUUGCCAAAUUUCAUACAGAGUUUACCAUUGGCUAUGUCCACUUGGUGUCUCUCAUGUUUCUUUAUAAGUGCAUCUACGAAUAAUUGGUUGAGAGCUUUAUUCCCACAUGUACAAUCAAGGAUUGGGAAAUACGAAUACGAGGAUAAGAAGAUAUUAUGCAUUGCAGCUAAUGACUUUUAUCACAAGCUGCCCGAGGAAUCUCAAAAGAAAGCUUUCGUCGAAAUAUUCGAAGUUGCAGCGAAGGAACCUGGAACUCCAUUUAUUGAUAUAUUAGCAUCCUUUUAAUCAUUCUAAAUCGUUUAUCCUUUAUUCCGAAAAGAAAAUUACUCGAAAAGAAACAUUUUCUAAUAAUAUUUUAGGUGAUUCUACUCUUGUAAAUUAGUGUACAGUGAUCGUGCGUUUAUAAUCGUCUCUAAAGAUGUAUGUAUGUACAUUUGUAUGUAUGUCAUAUUUAUUUCUUUCACGUCCCUCUAACAAAAAUGCAAUUUGUUUUGCAAUAAACAGUAUUUUUCAACUAUCA